AUGACGAAGGUUCAAGAACUAUCGGAGGAGUUGCAUUCUUUUCAGCAACGAGUGGACACAAAUCUGGAAGAGCUUCGCAUGCAAGCCACGGUGCAAGCUAAUGACACCAGAAACCAGAUUUCUAUACUAGUUUUACAUAUGCAACAAUUACAGGAAACUAUUAUGGCUAAUCAACUGCAGAGGCAGGGUAAUUCCAAUACUUAUUCUUCUUCUGUUCCGCACAAUUCCUAUCGACCAGAAACCAUGGAUCAUCGUUCUUUGCUUAAGGGUGUUCGCAUGGAGAUUCCAGUGUUCAAUGGCACUGAUCCUAAUAAUUGGAUUUUCAAAGCUGAGCUUUUCUUCACUUUACAGUUGAUUCCGGAUGAAACAAAGGUUGCUUUGGCUGGGUUGAAAAUGGAGGGCAUGGCUGCCUCUUGGUUUCAAUGGACCUUCAACACGGGUAAGGCUCGGGCUUGGCCUGAUUUUACUGCUGCUCUUCGCCAACGCUUUGGCAUUUCGGGUUUUACAAAUCUGAAAGGUGCUUUGUCCAAGUUGACUCAAACAUCUUCUCUUCGUUUUUACAUUCAACAGUUUGAAGCAUUAGUUAACCAAAUACCUGAAUUAUAUGAUGAUCUUCUCAUGAACUUUUUUGUUUCGGGUCUUCAAUCUGAAUUACGUAGUGUUGUUCAGUUGAGGGAACCUCUGUCCUUAUAUCAAGCCAUUCAAUUGGCCAUGGCUUAUAAUGAUCAUUUUGGGGAUUUGAAAACUUCUUUCCAAGGUGCAUCUAAGAAGUUCUUUUCCAAAUAUGUUCCUGCUUUAGACAGUAAUCCUGUGUUACCUAAUACAUCUCCAAGUUCUAAUGUACCUCGACCAAUGAGUAGUACCACACAUAGAUUGUCCUUGCUAGCUCCUAAUCCAAUGAAGAGGGUUAUGAAUGCUGAUUUACAUAAGAGGAGAGAGUUGGGUCUUUGUUAUACAUGUGAUGACAAAUGGAGUUCUAAGCACAUCUGUCCAAACAAAAAUAAGUUGAUGCUUUUGGUGGGAGAGGAGGAUGUGGUUGAUCAGGACUUGGAUGAGGAACAUAUCGUUUGGCAAGCUAAAAAGUCUAUUGGUGAAGCAACAGAUGCUUCUCUUCAUGCAUUGAGGGACAAUAAUCAUUACCGUGCCUUAAUGUUUACUUCUGCAUUGGCAGGUAUGGAUUUCUCCAUCUUAGUUGAUUCAGGUAGCACCCAUAAUUUCAUACAACACCAUCUAGCUGUAAAAUUGUCUUUACCAAUGAUAAAUUCCCAUAGAAUUCGUGUAUUUUUUGGAAAUGGUGAUGUUAUGUACUCUGAAAAAAGGUGUCUAAAGGUACCUUUGUUGAUUCAAGGGCACAAGUUUGUGUGUAAUCUCUGGGUUUUGGAUCUUUCUGACAUCAACAUCAUUUUGGGUAUGCCUUGGUUGGAACAGUUAGGGAAGGUUACUCAUUACUAUAUCAGUAAGUCAAUGGAAUUUGUUUGGGAUGGAAAAUCAAUUUUGUUACAAGGUAUUAAUGCAGUGGUUGUUUCUUCUAGUUUGAAUACAUUUCUUACUCAGGAAUGGGCAAGUUGUAAUGUUCUGCCUGCAGACACUGCUUCUUCUCUAGAGGCUGCAAUUAUUCCUGAGUUGUUAGCUCUGCAAGCUGAAAUCCAUCCCCUUAUCUGGUCCAUUUUAUUGAAGUUUCAGCAGGUGUUCUCAUUACCUAGUGGUUUGCCACCAUUCAGAGGGUUAGAUCAUUCGAUUCAUUUAGAAGCAGGUCUCUUCAGACAAACCAAGAACACCUCUUAUUAUGUCUCUAUGUAUCUUGAUGCCAAUAAUACUGCUGGAAUGAGGGAAACUGUUUUGGACCCAUCUUAUGGACCUAUAGUUCUCAACAAGUGA